UCGAAAGAGGAAGUAAAUAUAGGACAAAAAUGGCGACAGGUGGGAGUGAAGUUACCUCUGAUGAAAUAUUUAACUUCAAAUGCUCUACUUGUGUUAAUUUGAAUAAGAACAGGGAAGCUGUGAAAUACUGUGUUGAAUGCCAGGGAUAUUGUUGUCAGUCAUGUGUAGACAUGCACAGUGUCUUUCCAACUUUAAAAGGUCAUAGCCUCUUAGAUAAGUCAAGUUUUAAGUCUACCACUUUCACAACAGAUCUACCAGAGAUACCGACAGUUAGAUGUAACUACCAUGAGACAAAGGUUGUGGAUAUGUACUGUGAAAACCAUGACGUGGUCGGAUGUACAACUUGCAUGGCGUUAAACCACAGAAGCUGCAAAGACGUCCAGUCGAUACCUGAUGUUAUUGAUACGAAAUUUCAGAGAUUGGAUGUGGACACAACGGUUCAAAGGUUGUUAGAUACGAAGAUUACAAUGACCAAAAUGAAGGAAUCCAGAGAAAUCUUUUUACAAAAAUUACUAAAAUCUAAGAGUACAACUAUAAAUGCCAUCAAGAAAUACCGACAAGAAAUGGAAAUGCUGCUUGAAAAUAUGGAAAAAGAAUCAAUAAAGGAAGUCGAGAAGAAAUUUAGUGAAAUAGAAUAUAUUCUGCACCAAGAGAAAAACAAAGCAGAAAAGGAAGAGGAUACAUUGAAACGAGAUGCUGAUAACCUACAGAAGUCAGACGGAAAUCGAGCUCAACAAUUCGUCUAUAUGAAAACUGCCCAGACGAAAUUUGCUGAAGCUGAAAUUGUUUUGCGUUCACUGAAGGAGCGCAAUGACACAACGUUAUCUUUUGUAGAAAAUCCUGAAAUGCGAAAGUUCUUGCAACAAAUAAAGACAUUGGGUACCGUCAAAAGUCCUCGUCCCGCUCCUUCCCAGCCAAGGACUACCUUGUACACAGUCACGAAUACCCGGUCAUUGAAUGUUAAAACAUCAAGUGACACAUCCCGUUGUAGUGUGCAUGGUUCUUGUUUCACAGACAAUGGUUUUCUUCUUGCUGACUUUAACAAUAAAAAUCUCAAACGAGUAGACAUUGUAAAAAUGUCAGUUGUCGACCAAUGCGACCUCCCAUCUCAGCCGAAUGGAGUCUGCUGUAUAAGUAAACAAGAGGCAGCAGUAAGUUUAUGCAACAAUAGCAUGCAGUUCAUGUCAUUGGAUACUCGAAUGUCAUGCACACGGCAUAUUAAACUAGACCAUGGAGCCUAUGGAAUUGCUUACAAAGAUAAAAGAUUGUACAUUACUGACUACAAUAAAUCACUUUACAUACAUGAUAUGACGGGCAACCUGCUACAGACCGUAUUAAAUGGCAGUUCCGACAAUGAUUUAUUCCGUUUAUGUUGGCACCUUACGUUCAAUGAUAAUGAUGAUGAUGAUGAUACUUUGUCUGUAACUACUUAUAAUGGUUUGGUAAUUUUUAACGCCGAGGGACAGCAUGUACAAACAUAUUAUGAAGCAAAGUUAAAGGACGUUAUUGGAGUUUGUACAGACAAAAGAGGAAAUAUUUUUGCAAGUGCGUAUGGUUCAAACAAAGUCAUACAGGUAGAACAAGGGGGAAUGAAGGAGCUUGGUGUGGUCGCUCAAGGUUCUGACGGAGUGAAACGGCCAUAUUCUGUUUGUUUCGAUCCGUGUCAAAAUGUAUUAAUUGUUACUCAGUCCAGUGCCGACAAUAUUGUACUCUUUGAAUUGCAAUGAUUAAAAAUAACUGAGUGAUGUCAACACGGAAGUUAAAUUAUUCAAAGUAUUGAUUGAUUGAUUUAUUUUUCAGUAUAUAAAACACAUGAAAUGGUACAACACAAAAUUAAAACAAAUUUCAAAUAUCACAUAUACAAUGACUAGGAAUUAAAACAUAUUGAAAGACAAUUAAGAAACAUUACUAAUUUAAAAUACCAAAAACUGCAGAAAAAAAUGUACCAGGACAUGUAUUCAUAUACCCAGGAUGACACAAAAAAGGGGAAUGUGAAACCCCUUAUUUCCAUUGUGGUCCUAGAUGAAUGAUGACAUGUCCUAGCAAGGCACAACAACUUGUAAUAAAUGGUGGUAACUUGAGCAAGUUUUUAGCAGUUUAAAAAAAAUAUCACAGUAAAACAAUCACAGUAUAAUUAGAAAAGACAAAUGUAACUACAAGCUAUGUAGGAGAUGAUUUUUUACUGAAACCUUGAACUGCUGCAUGUUUGCAGAAUUUUUAACAUUAUGUGGCAAAUUAUUCCACAAAGAACAACCAUUAUAGCUGAAUGACUUUUUACCAAAUCCUUUGACUUUAGGAAUGCUGAAGCAUGACCAUUUACUAAACCUGGUAUUGUGACUAUGUACAGAACUGGCUUGAGUAAAAUACUCAUUCAUGUAAGAAGGGGCAGAACCUGAAUGUAUUUUAAAAACGUGAUUUAGAGUUAUUUGUUCUACUCUUCUUGUGACAGGUAACCAGCCCAACUGUAAGAAGUGUUCUGUAUCAAUAUGACUUCUUUGAUCAAGUCUAAGGACAAACCUAAUGAUCUUGUUUUGAGUAACCUGGAGCCUAUUCUUCAGACUCUGAGAAAUGCCAUAUAUUUCAUAUAUGUCCACUGACAUGCUUCAGUUAUUUAUUUAAGUUAUAGUCUAUGAUUAUGUCAUUUCCUGUCUAGAUAUGAAGUGUUUUGUGGUGUUUAAGUGUGUGGGUAUUUCAUAUAUCCAGUUAUUAACUAUAAAUACAUGUAGUUCAAUUUUUUAACUGACACAAGGGAAGACAUUUCUUUUUCUUCAUCUUGAUUUAUUUGAUCCGCUGUUUAAUACUAUUAAAGUAAUAGUUUUCAACGACACGACGGUUAUUGGGAUAUCAAAUCACAUGUGUAAAUUCGAGGGUUAAUGCGUGUUUUCCAUAAGACGUCGAUCGUGGAAAUAAAUGUUCGUAGCCUACCAAGCGAUGUGCCCUUGGAAUAUACAUCAGGGGUAUAAAAACAAAGACAAAUAUCAAACAGGGAAUGCCACGCACCAAAAACGCAGCCUCCUCAAAACGAAACCCACAGCACGCAGACGCGUGCACCACACACACACACACACACACACACACACACACACACCCAAACACACACACACACACACACACACACAAA